AUGGGCUCCACAAUACCCUCUAUCACCUCCCUCCUCGCUCAGUAUCCUACCAGCCUCGCCCUCCUCGUCCUACUGAGCUCUAUCUUGUUCACUAUGCCCCUCUGGAAAAGCAAGAAACCGGCAUAUAAGCCCGAGGGCAAGCAUUGUUAUAUCACAGGCGGCUCGCAAGGACUGGGCAAAGCGCUGGCGGAGAGUCUGGUCAAGCAGGGUGCGCAUGUGACUAUUGUUGCGAGGGAUGCGAAGAGGGGAGAGGGGGUAGUGGAAGAGUUGAAAUCGCUCGCAAAGCCUGCUCAAAUCAUCCAAUUCAUCUCUGCCGACCUCUCCUCCCCGACAGAUUCUGACCAAGCUCUUCUCGCCGCUUGCAUCCCCCACAAAGGUCUCGCGCCAGACUACAUCUUCCUCUGCGCAGGUUUCUCGCAGCCAAAGUAUUUUAUUGAGAAUACGAAAGCAGAGAUCAAAUGGGGUAUGGACGGCGUCUACCUCGUCUCAGCCUACACCGCCCACUCCGCCAUCUCCCUCAUGGUCUCCCAAAACCGCACCGGCUCUCUGACAUUCGUCUCCUCCUUCCUCGGCUACACCUCCUUCGCCGGCUACUCCACCUACUCUCCCGCCAAAUACGCCCUCCGCGGCCUCGCCGACGCGCUCCGGUCAGAAAUGCUGCUGCACGAUAUUGCGGUGCAUAUUUUCCAUCCGUGUGGGAUUCUGAGCCCGGGGUAUGAGAAGGAGAUGAUGACGAAGCCGGAUGUGACGAGGAAGAUUGAAGAUGGGGAUAAGCCUAUCACGCCUGAGGAAAGUGUUGCGGCGCUGGAGAGUGGUUUGAGAAAGGGCUACUACCAGAUCACCGACAACCUCGUCGCCGACUUUGUCCGCCUCCGGGCUAACGGCGGUGUCCCUUCCAACAACUUUGUCCUCGACUGCUUUUACCUCUUCAUCUCUUCCGCAAGUCCUCUUCCUCAUCUAGCGUGUUGA